GAAACGAACUUAACAGAACAGUCAACACACUCCUCCUCCACAUAUGUCUUAUCCAAUAAGCACAAGGUGAGGGCGUGGAGAAGUAAUGUUUACCUCCUGUGCUGAGAAGUGGGACAGAGUGCAAACUGCACCUGUCACACAGUCGGAUAUAGAUGCACACUGACAAUCAAAUGAGCCACUGCAAGACAGGCUACAGGAAAACUACAGUAAGAGCUGCCAUGCUGAGAAGGGGCAGGAAUGGCCGGGCUCGUCAUUUGGCCUGGAGCGAAACGCGGCAAGAAGCAGAUGCCAUGGCAGUGAUCCAGACAUCAGACAGCAAAGAGUGGGAAGGCCAGGCGGCGUCACAGACGAGUGACUUGGAGUCUGAGGUGGAUUACCUGGCCCAUUCCCAGGCGGUCUGCGAGGUGGUGGCCUUGCCCAGCACAGCACCGGUGACGGGGGAGUCGUUCUGCCGCUGUGACCAAGAGGAAGAGCUCAACCCCGGCCUCAGUGUCAUCAGCGACUGCUUCUGUGGGGAGGAGGAUCAGGGUUUCGAGUGGGUGUGGGAUGAGCACUGCAGGUCCUCUGGAGCCUUCCUCAGCUGUGACGACAGGAAGGUGAGCUUUCACUCGGACUAUAGCUGUGGCACCGCUGCCAUUCGGGGCACCAAGGAGCUCGCGGACGGCCAACACUACUGGGAGGUCAAGAUGACGUCCCCUGUCUAUGGAACCGAUAUGAUGGUGGGAAUUGGGACGGCAGAGGUGAACCUAGAGAAGUUCAAGUACAGCUUUGGCAGCCUGCUGGGCCACGAUGAAGACAGCUGGGGGCUGUCCUACACAGGUCUACUCCAGCACAAAGGGGACAAAGUGAAAUUCUCCUCUCGGUUUGGUCAAGGCUCCAUCAUAGGUCUGCACCUGGAUACAUGGCACGGCACCCUGACCUUCUACAAGAACCGACACUGCAUAGGUGUCGCUGCUACCAGGCUCCAGAACAAGAAGCUCUACCCUAUGGUUUGCUCCACAGCAGCCAAGAGCAGUAUGAAGGUGAUCCGUGCCUGCUACACACCCACCUCCCUGCAGUACCUGUGCUGCACCCAGCUGCGCCAAAUGUUGCCCUGUUGCCCAAACGUACUCAGUGCCCUGGAGCUGCCCCCAGGCCUAUGCACAAUCCUCCACGCACAGCUAGGCUGGGUCUUCAACCUCAACAGCAGCCCUGAAGCCUCAGAGGAUUUGCACGAGGAGAUGAGUCUGCCUUCCAGCCCCAGCCCCAUCCCGAGCCUGGUAUCCACACCGAGUGCCUGCGCCUCCCCCAGCCCCUGCACCAGUCCGUUUCCUGACACAGUUUGCCACCCCUGCCCCUGCCAGACGUUACCUCUGAGUCAUUCCAGCACCUGCCGCUGUCCUCCGACCCCUCCCAGCAGCGACUACGACAGCUGCUGCUCUGAGCCAGAGGAUCAUCAGUGCAAAAGAUGCCGCUGGACUUAAUAAUUCACACGAUUGAGUUGUCUGAUACACAGCUAUUCUACCACUGCCAUCAACGUCUCCUCUUGUAACAAAUGGGAUAAAAAAAGAGCUAUUUUAUCUUCCACGUAAUAUUUGAAGGGAUUGUUGCUUUUCCCCUCCUUUUUAGCAUUUUUUUUUUAUCAAAAUAUCUUACAUAUAUAAUAUGUAAGCGAACAAGAACAAAGGAUUGAAUGUGUGUACUCUCAUUUUAGCCAAUCUCAAUAACUCAGCUAAUACAGCAAGUGUCAUGUUUUGAUCGUCACCGUCUUUGCGAUACUUACUACUGUCCAGGCAGGUUAGACAGAAGAGCACUGGAAGGUUUGUAGUAGUUUCUCCUCAGAGGCAGGACAGGAGCUGCUUUUUGAUACUGUAAAACUUUUUGUAAACGUCUUUUGCAAUCAGCGUUUGAAAUGGAUAUGAGCAGUGUAUUGAGUUGUUGUUGUUGUAAGAGGAUUUAAUACUCAGCUGUGUAUGUUUUUUCUAUUUCUAUUUAUGCUUUUGUUUAUGAACUUUCUUACUCAGGCUAUUCUAUAAAGUAAAACAAAAAAUG